AAUUCCCCUCAGUCUCAGAUACAAGACGGGACUUUCUGUAAUGAAAACAAAACACUCAAGCAUUUACACCAUUAACAACCUGAGACAAGUGUGUGUUGUGGAUGCUGAAGAGUUUCUGGCCGAAGUAUCUGAGGGUUGAGGAGGUGUAGGUGUAGUCCAGAAGCAUCGCCGUCAUGAGUACUGUGAAGUGUCCAGAAUGCAAGGCUUCAGAUGCGAGAGUCCUGAGUGGACAGUGUGCCACUUGCCCACACUGCUGCAAAACGAAACGGAGGGUGUUUAAGUUCUGCACGGCCUGUCAGAGAGAGUGGCCAAAAAGUGUUUCAAAUGACGAAGCCUGCAAACUUUCCAAAUGUGCUGUCCGUGCUGCCCUGCUGUCCUCCGAGUGCAUCGAUAUCCCCUCUAGCUCAGUAGAGGGAUGUCCCUAUUUCAGGGCCUGUCCCAGCUGUAAAAUGCUGCUCACACACACUGGAAUGGGCUGCCCCAACAUCAUCUGCCCUCAGUGUGAGACUGAGUUCUGCUUCUAUUGCCUUAAUGAGGAGUGUGAUGGCGAAUGUACCCUAGUGGACAACAGCAGAAGUCUGAGAGAACUUGAAAUGUAAUUAAAGUGUAUUGCAACAAAACAUGUAUAGCUUUAGUCUGCAUCUCAUAUUAAUCUCAAAACUUAAUCAAACUCUAUUGAUUAUUAUAUUAUCAAUAUCUAUUAUACUAGUAUAAUCAAUUAUAUAAUGGUCUAAUAUAAAUUUGACAGUAAAGGGAAACAAAUCUCUCAAGAUUGAUACUUAACGCUGUGUUAAUACAAUAAAAACA